AUGUCCAAGACAUUCACGCCCGCCGAGGUGGCCAAACACACCGCCAAAGCCGACGAUGGCAUGUAUAUCAUCAUCGACGGGUCCGUGUACGACGUGACGAACUUUGUGGACGAGCACCCUGGCGGCGCGAAGAUCUUGAAAAGAGUCGCGGGCAAGGAUGCCAGCAAACAGUUCUGGAAGUACCACAACGAGUCUGUCCUCAAGAAAUACGGCCCUAAGCUGAAAAUAGGCGAGGUUGCCGAGAAGGCGAAGCUGUGA